GUUCUUGGGCAGGGUCUCCAGCUACAAUAACGAGCAGAAGGUAGGGUUCAUCCAGUGCGACGACAUAUACCACCAGACUGGCAAGGAGGUCUGCGUUCACGGCAGCGUCUUGGAGAGCGCCAAGGCUGGGCCUGGGGACUCCGUGGUCUUCUUCGUCUUCUGGAAGGGCGACCUGCCGCAAGCGCAGCGGCCCAUGAUCCGCGUGGCCGCUGACUGCACCUCGCAGGGCGAGAUGUACGCGUUGAGGGGCUGGUUCAAGGGCCCAGCGGGCCCCGAGAAGCCCUUCGGCUUCGCCCAGUGCGCCGAGCUGAAAGUGCUGUUCAACAAGGACGUGUACGUCGGCCCCCAGCUGGCUGGAACGGUGCAGCCCGGUUGGGUGGCGCUGAACGUGCUCCUGCGCAAGGACUUGAAGCUUGGCGGCGUAAACGCGCAGGCCACGCACAUCGGCUCCUGCGACGAGAACUGGAAGCCAACUCCAGGCGACCUCAGCAGGACGUGGGCCGCGCCGGCGUGGCCGGGCGGCGGCUGGGCGGCAGGCGGCAAGGGCUACGGCGCAGCGGCCCCUCCUGGUGCCGGCGCGGUGAUGCAGGCCAUCGCCACGCUGGGUGGCGGCCGCGAGCUCGCCCAGCAGGUCGGCAACAUGAUGGGCGGGGCCCCGCCCGCCGGCAGCAACGUCUGGAUCCUGCCCGGUGGCGGCGGUGUGAAGCGGGCCGCCGGCGAGGCCGCCGGCGAGUCGAGCGUCCACGUGCCCCAGGUGGUGCCCCCGCCGUCGAAGGCGGCCAAGGUCUCGGAGGAGCCCGCCACGUGCUCCGCCGCCGAGGACCCCGCCAGCGCCUGCCCCGGCGCCGACUGGACCCCCGAGGAGGUCGAGGACCCCCCGGGCGUGUCGCCGCAGGCCGCCGAGGGGCCCGCCGGCGCUGGCACCGCGGACGGUGCCCCAGGCUUGGCCGGCGCGGACGAAGCCCCGGCCGCCCAGCAGGCCUAGGCGCGCGCGCGCGCGGCAGCUCCAGCGGCGGCUCCAGCGGAGGAGGCGCCGUUGGCCACUCAGCUCGGGGUUCGUGUGUUCGGCCGCCCGCCUCCCCCUCGUCCCUCCCCCUGCAGCCGUGUUGGGUACAUGGUUCAUUGCGGCUCGGUUGCUACUCUCCUCGCUUGGGCGCGAUUUCGAAUAUUUGUAGAGCUAGUGACGUUCACCUAGCGCCGCGAUCACUGGUGGCCAGAGAGCCCAGCAUCAUUGGGCGGCGCGUUUACCAGAAA